AAUGUUUAGUAGCUGUCGAGCUGUGCUAGUUUAGUUCACGUCAACCGCCUGCAAAGGGAACAGGCAAGGUAAUGACAGUUGACAUUAAUUUUGAAAUGUUGUGUUUAGUGUGCUGUUUCUAACCGUUUCUUUAAAGAAUGAUUUCUUUAUUUCAUUUUAUGUUAAUAUUUUAUUUUAUUUUAUUUUAAUGUUGUAAACAUUUCAGACAAUAUAAGUGACUUGAUAGGACGUUGCCAACUCCAUUAUAAUAUGGAAAACUAUCCAAAGAAGGACCGAAAGGUAAUUAGUAUAAUAUAUAAUAAAGAUAUCCCUUAUAUAAAAAAUAAUAUUUCAAUGCAUUGAGUGGCCAUGUGUUUGCUAAUGAGAUAUAAGUUGAAAAUUUGGCAAAUUAACUAAUGAAUUUGUUUCAAUUUAAAUAGUGAUCAAAGUACCAUAUGUAAUUACUUUUUAUUAUAACGUUUUUAGUUUAAUCAGACAAUAGUUUUAGAUUUAAAGUCGAACGUAAGAGCAACACUGACUAAGCUAUUGUAAGAACAGCAUUGACAGUACUGCUGUAACAGCAACACUGACUCUUCUGCUGUAAAAAAGACUGUCAGUUAAUGUAUGUUUCAAGAAUUUAGUACAGUUGCUAACUGGGAGAGUAGUCAGGUUGUUUUCAAAAAGAACGAUCUUUGAUAUGGAAUAACUUGCCUUGAUAGCGUUGACUUUGACUUUAAACAGAAUUUUUAAAAAAUGCCGUUUAUGAAUAAGAAUCGUUCAUCUCACGCAUACAUUGUACUUUGGUAACGCACAAAAUAAGUCUUGAGACUACGGAAAUCAUAAUUAAAUCAAAGAUCGCUCAAAAGAAUAUCAUUAUGUUUCAUAUUAUUAUUAGUCAUUGUUGAGGAACAAAAAAGUAAAAAUUGAUCGCAAUCGUCUAAGUAUACACUCUCGGUGAAACCUUUAUUCUGUUUGUGCAACGGUCGUCUAAUCAGUCUGGAUUAUGCAGAGGUGUUAUAUUUUUCUGCGUGACAGUCGUGUACGCUUCUGUCAUGGGUUCAUUAUUCUGGUCCUCGAGUUUUCUUUAGUAAUGCAUUUCGCACCUCAGUUCAUUGUUAUGGAUACGCAGCAUUGAGGAUCCAUCACUUUUUCAUAGACCACCCAAUACAUCACUUGAAAAGGUGGUUUGAUUUGUUAGUGAAAAUCGGGAAAAUCAAAAGUCGGUACUGCGGGAAAUAACACAAUUUCCGGGUUAUCAUGUAGAUCAGGCCUGAACAACUCAAAACGGAAAGUGGGCCGUAAUACUUUAGGAAAAACUUGUGCGUCCCAAAAGAAAGUAAGAAUUGACUUGUGUGGGCCAAAAGAAAGUAAGAAUUGACUUGUGCGUCCCAAAAGAAAGUAAGAAUUGACUUGUGUGGGCCAAAAGAAAGUAAGAAUUGACUUGUGCGUCCCAAAAGAAAGUAAGAAUUGACUUGUGUGGGCCAAAAGAAAGUAAGAAUUGACUUGUGUGGGCCAAAAGAAAGUAACAAUUGACUUGUGUGGGCCAAAAGAAAAUAGGUCAAGGGGGAAAACGCUAUUUAGAAAAUAAUAAGAAUAAGGAAUAUUUCGUUACUUCACGGGUUACAAAGGGGGUGCUGGCUAGCUGCAUGUGGCCUUUCGGACCGUAUGUUGUGCAGGGCUGAUGUAGAACACCGUUCGGCUGCUGAUUAACAAAUCAAGAUUAAUACCGACUGUAGAAAAAUCAAUUUUUUUCAACUGAAUUAGUAAAUGACAUUCAAAAGCCACCCAAACAAACAUAUUUUUCUUAAAAAUGAGUGAAUUCAUUUUCAAAUUGAUGUGUCUGUAGUUCAGUUCUUUUAAAACGAUGCUUAGUUUUGGUGACAGUAAACAAUGUAUCCUUUCUGACUUGUAGUCAAAACCAUGAAUCAACCUCUAUAACUUCCAUCCGCGUGAACUCUAGAAAAGAGACACUUAUCGCAUAACUCAGUUACACUUUUUGAUAGAACCAAAUUGGAAGAUAAUGCCCUCCACAAAGAAAUUUGUUUACGCUGAUUCGGUGCUCAUACCACAUGUGAUCCUUUCAGGAAAACCGUUUGACAUUAAAAGGUGUCUCAGUUACCAAUACAUGUUUAUAUUGCCAUGACCUUGAACACAUAUCUACAUCAGAGUUUGAGCGUGGGCAUUGACCUAACGGAAUAUUGACGUAGGCAGCUGGUCAGUUUAAGUUCCUCCUACUCACUGAUGUCUAAGAUGAAGUGAAGAACCUCAUGUUUAGUUGACAAAGAAGUAUUUAGAUUUUUGUCAUGAUUUUCAAAAGCCAAAUUAGCUAUAUGUUGUUUUAUUUUUUUGGUCGGCUUUAUUGUCUGAAUACGAAAUCUUUUCUGGUCACUUAAGAAUGGAAUCCUAUCUUUCAUUUGUAGAUACGCCACGACUAGAAUAUGUAAAAAUAAUCAGUGGAAUCAGUGUUUAAACCAUAGACAAAAAAACUGAUAAAACCGGUGUUCCAACUCCAAAAAUCCAUACGAGUGAUACUGCUGAUGACAGCCAUACGGGUUGUAAAGACUUCUUACACAUGUACACAUGCAGCCAGAUUCAGACAGAAUGCCGAGACACUUUGAACACCAUCGUUAACGUUGUAUUCUCUCUUUCCAGAUUUCAACAGAGCUGGAUCUUUUGCUGCUUGGAAAAACUGGAAACGGCAAGAGUGCCACGGGCAAUUCCAUACUUGGUUACAGGGCUUUCAAAGCUAGUGCCACGACGACGUCACUUACCAAAACAAUUAGCAGCGAUGUGGCGGUUUACAAAAAUCGUCAACUGACAGUCGUGGACGCACCGGGAGUGGUCGACACGCUUUCCCUUACUGAAGAAAAUGUGGGUGAGGGUCUUAAGUUCGUUACAGAAAAAUUAUCAGACGCUAUAGCCAUGAACCCCAGAGGCUAUAACGCCUUUCUUCUGGUGGCCAAGUAUGGGAACAGGUUUACGCAAGAAGAGUUUGAAGCCGUAGAAACUCUGAAUAAAAUAUUCGGAGAGGAUUUCGUUCGGAAGUUUUGUAUUUUGGUCAUCACCAACGGGGACAGCUUUGAAAACGAUGCCGAGGAUAAUAACGGUCCAUCAUUUAAAGAAUGGUGUGAUCAGCAAACGGGUGAAUUUGAAAAUCUGUUAGCGGAGUGUAACCAAAGAGCGGUAUUGUUUAACAACGGUACCAAGGAUCAGGAGAAGAGAGAGGAUCAGUUGGAUAAUCUCAUUGAAAUUAUCGAAAAGCUUGAUUCUAAAGGCAGACGUUAUACGAACGCGCUCUUUGUCAAAGCGCAAAAAUCGAGAGAAAAAAUGUUGAUUGAAUCGCGUGUACCUCUCAUCUCGGAUGAAACUCUGAAAGAAACGAGGCUGAUAUUGCAAGAUAUGCAAGUGGCACUGUCGAUUCAAGAUCCGGCAAAACAAAUUUCAGAAUUGAAUGAAAUAUUGUUACAUGUUCAGCAAAUUGUUGGUGAAAUUCAAGACCAAGACCGAGGUACGGGCGCCCUGAAUGGUAUUCUAGAGACAGUUCAAUCCCUCGAAAAUUCUCUUAAAUAUGAGAUUAAAAUAGCUCAGAAAAUUAUGGAAGAAAGAAACAGGCUUAGUGAGGAAAAAGAGAAAAUGGAAGAGGCGAUUAGAGCAGAAACGGAAAAACGCGAAAAAGAACUACAUCUUCAAUACAGGAAGGAAAUGUCACUACUAAGGCAACAGCUUACCCAAACCGAAGAACAAUACAGGGCAGUAAGAGAUGAACACAACAGCAAAAAAACUAGUGGAAGCUGCGUAAUACUUUAAAAUGUAUUGGCAAUAAAAAGAAGGAUUUUAAAAUUAUAUUCAAGUUUUAUAUAUUUCAUAUUGCAUAAACUUUGUGAAGUAAAUUUCCCUUUUCUUUAAAAUUUAGAAACGUACACAUUUUUCUGAGUGUAAACUUAGGUCAUGAAAGAAUAAAUAGAUAGGUUGUUUGUUGGGUUUUUUUUAUAAAUAUUUGGACACAACAAUUUGGUGAAACAUUUUGCUUCACUUGAAGUGAACUUAAUUCAUUAUUUGGUUUUUGAUUGAUGACAACCUUGAAAAGUCACCUUUUUAACCCGCUUGUUGUUAACAGAUGACAAGUCAGUCUGGUUACACUUUUAAAUGUUCAUUUUUUUUCGGAAUCUUAACUUACCGAUUAUGAAAGAGAAAGUCUUUUUUUUUUCAUAUUACGGCUGUGAAUUAAAUAAGCCAAACAAUGUCAGUGAACGGUUUUGAUUUUUUUUUAUUUACCCCGGCAUUAAUUCAUUGAUUGAUCUCUUCAAUUCAAUCUCAAUUUGUUUUUAUUUCAUUGAAUAUCAAGAAACAUGACUAUAAUGAGAGAAGAACAGACAGACGAAACCCUUAAAAAAAGAAACAACAAUCUUGAAAACGUAAAUCAAUUCAAAUGCCUAGGAUCUUUAAUAAAUGAAUGAAACGGUUUACUAACAGAAAAACGAGAAAGUAUAUCAGCCGGUAACAGGGCAUACUUCAGUAGUCAGAAUAUACCCAGAAGUAAAAAAAAAAAAAAAAAUUACAAUAAAAACAAAGAAAAUAUUUAAAAAACUUUAAUCAGACCUGUUGUCACACAUCAAAGUGAAACUUGGACCCUAACAAAAACGUCAGGAAACCUAUUAACACAUGGGACGGACAAGUUGUCGGGAAAAUAUAUGGACCACCAACUAAGAAAUUCGAAUGGAGAAUACGAACCAACCAGGAAUUUUACAGCCUGUAUCAGGAUCCCACGCUAGUAGAACAGAUAAAAAGGGGCAGGCUAUGCUGGAAAUAUUGUCAAAUGACAGAGGAGGGAAGAGGCUGCAUCACAAAAACCCCAGGGGAAAACGGCUCAAAGGCAGACCUAGGCGUAGAUGGAUGGAUGAUGUGGGAAAAGAUCUGCAUCGGCUGUGAAUCCCAGCAUGGAAAAGAAAAGCAUCAGGACUGUGACGGCCCAGGGAUGGCUGAAUAUCAAAAGACAAAAAGAGACUAUGUUUUGAUUAUAGCUGUAGUGUAUUCUGAUGAUUUACAAUCAAAGGACAGUUGCUGCACCCUUCCCUGUGUCCAGACUAACUUUCGAAAAGAAAGAGAAAACAAUUUCAAUUGUUGGCACUGCUGGUUUUUUUUAGUCAGUGUGUCGUUUGUCUAGUAUGUAUUAUCUCCCAGCACUCAAUAGUUCAUCUGACAAGUUUCAAUGAUAGUUGAAUAAACAAAUAAGAUGAAUUAUCCAACGAUAUUAAUUGUCCAAUGUGAUGAAUUGUCAAAUGAGAUGAAUUUUAAAAUGAGAUGGUCAUUUUCCGUACCUAGAUUUCUUAUUUGUAAAUAAAAAAUUUAAUUAGAAAAAAGAAAAAGUUUUUGUGUUAUAAAUACAAUUGAUCAGCAAUGGUUUUAGUCCUUAAACAUAAAAAAUAUGCCUG